UUUCUGGCGGCGCGCGGUUGCCACUACCUACGGUGCGGGUGCGUCCCCCUUGUCGCUGCGACCCUGGCUUCUGGCCCCGGCGGCAGGCCCUCUGUCGCGCCGCACUGGCCCGAUUUGCGAGGUGACCUUGGCCCGAGCCCGCGUCGCGCCCAUGUGCGGCUCCUGUGUGUGCUCGAGGCUGUCCUAGACCUUUCCGGCGACUGAGGACACCGACCCAGGCCGGCCGGGCCCGCGGGCUGCCCAGGUCGGCGCAGUGCCGGGCGGCGGGCGGCGCCGGAGGCCAUGCCCCUCCAUGUGCGCUGGCCGUUCCCCGCCGUGCCGCCGCUCACCUGGACCCUGGCCAGCAGUGUCGUCAUGGGGCUAGUGGGCACCUACAGCUGCUUCUGGACCAAGUACAUGAACCACCUCAUCGUCCAUAACAAGGAGGUGCUGUACGAGCUCAUCGAGAACCGAAGCCCCACCACGCCCCUCAUCACCGUCUCCAACCACCAGUCCUGCAUGGAUGAUCCUCACCUCUGGGGGAUCCUGAAGCUCCGCCACAUCUGGAACCUGAGGCUCAUGCGCUGGACCCCGGCAGCGGCAGACAUCUGCUUCACCAAGGAGCUGCACUCACGCUUCUUCAGCCUGGGCAAGUGCGUGCCCGUGUGCCGAGGAGAUGGUGUCUACCAGCGGGGCAUGGACUUCAUCCUGGACAAGCUUAACCAUGGGGACUGGGUGCAUAUCUUUCCGGAAGGGAAGGUGAACAUGAGCUCUGAGUUCCUGCGCUUCAAGUGGGGAAUUGGGCGCCUGAUUGCUGAGUGUCACCUGAACCCUGUUAUCCUUCCACUGUGGCACAUCGGUAUGAAUGACGUCCUUCCUAACAGCCCACCGUACUUCCCUCGCUUCGGACAGAAAAUCACCGUGCUCAUUGGGAGGCCCUUCAGCGCGCUGCCUGUGCUUGAGCGGCUCCGGGUAGAAAACAAGUCAGCUGUGGAGAUGCGCAAGGCCCUGACAGACUUCAUCCAGGAAGAGUUCCAGCGCCUCAAGAGCCAGGCUGAGCAGCUGCACAGCCACCUGCAUGCAGGGAGCUAGGCCUGAGCCCAGCCACCGGCCACGGCCACGCAGGCCUGGGAUGGCGCACUGGGCUCCAGGUGGUGCCAGGUGGGCACAGACCCUGCCUGGUGCCUGCUUCCAGCUGGUGCUCCAGCCCAAGGAAGGGCUCUGCUGCUGGUCUCUGGGCCAUGGAGCAAGAGGAGGCUAAGGCAGGGCCACUCGUGGGGCUGGCAUUGGGAGGGGCAGAGUGGGCAUGCCAGUGCCCAGCUGGGUCAGGGCAGGUGGCGCAUGAGGCCACCUAGCUUGGCUCUCCCUGCCCACCCUUGCCAGUCCAGAAGCUGCUCAGGGAUGGCUGUUGCCAUGUCUUCCUUUUUUGUUUUUUGAGACAGGGUCUUACUGUGUAGUCCAGGCCAGUAUGAACUCAACUCUGCAGCCCAGG